CCCGGACAUUUUAAAUUUCCAAUCGUUGGUUCAAUAUUUUUACUGUACAAACUUUCAAAAAGAAGGAAUCACUUAGUGUUUGCUGAUGAGGCCAGAAAGUAUGGAAGCGUUUUCCGAUGGUACUUAGGGAAUCAAAUGUUUGUGGUUCUAAGUGGAAUCGACGUCAUAAACGAGGCUCUGGUGGAGAAAGCAGAAAUAUUCAGCGACAGACCUGAAAACAAAGGGGAAGUUACAGGUGCAUCAAAAGUAUUGGCGAGUACGCAACGGGCACUACAUGAUUUUGGUGUCGGGAGACCUAUAGAAGAGAAAAUAAAUUUUGAAAUUCAGGUCGUCACUGAUGUACUUGAAGCAGCCGAUGGUCAACCCGUAUCCAUAAGUGAUCUCGUGCGGAAAUUAGUCGCUAACGUCAAUUAUGAAAUAAUUUUUGGUAAAAGGUUCGACUACGAUGACCUAGAAUUAGAUCGGAUCACGGAGUUAUCGGAUGUUCUCAACAGUGCUUCGUCUGUUAGUGCUGCUUUCUUUUUGCCGGAGUUCCUGGCUAAAUUCGUCAAGAAAACGGAUUCCGAGAUCGAGGAAAAGAGGAAAGUGGUCAUGAAUGAUAUCGCAAAAUAUGUUGGUGAACAAAUUGAAGAGCACAGAAGCACAUUUGAUCCUGCUAAUAUACGAGACUUCCUUGAUCUAUAUUUAGACGUUGACAGGAACAAGACAGAUGAGGAAGAUGCCUUUAUAAAUAGGGACAGCAUGUUUUGGGUCAUAGUUGAUUUAUUUGUCGCGGGUACCGAAAAAUCACAUGAUGUAAUUCGAAGUCCCGAACUCGAUUUCAUUUUAGUGUCUUUAUUUUAUUUCAUUUUAGUUCCCUUAAACCUGCCACAUUACACAAGUGAAGAUACAACACUAUCUGGUUUUCAUAUACCUAAAGGUACUGUCAUACUUCCGAUGCAAUACUCAGUUAGCAUGGACCCUAACCUCUUCAAAGAUCCAGAGAAAUUUGAUCCCGGAAGGUUCAUUGAUGAGGAAGGACAACUGAUAAACAACUUGCCAUACGUACCAUUUUCCACGGGACCACGAGUUUGUAUGGGUGAGGCAUUGGCAAGAACUGAGAUGUUCCUUGUAAUUACGACAUUGCUUCAGAACUUCAGUUUUCUACGAGAAGAUCCUAAUGUUCCUCAAAGUUUCGAAGCUGACGUCACUUCCAAUACUCUGAAUCGUCCACUACCUGUCAAGCUCCGGGCUAUCAAGAAAAAGAUGACAGAAUGAUAUUGGCUUGCACAUCUUACAAAAAAACAAAAUGAAAUUAAAACGCAUCAAUACUUUUUGCCCAUAAACUCGGAAACAUGUUUAUUAUCUAGGAAUAUUAAAGUUGUGUCCUUUUGUUUUGUUUUUGUGUGUGAUUUGAUUUUAUAUAAAUUUUUUUUGUCUUUUCAGAUAACUACGAUAACUCGUAUGUGCUGUGUUGGAGAACAAGUCAACGUUAUUUUCUUACAAGUUCUUGUUCUAAGUGAUUUAAACAUUAUAAUCAGACUGUUUCUACAAAAUAUAUGUUUAACGCAUUUUGGAACACAUUAUGUAUUAUUAUUCCUCACUUUUUAUAAUGGUAAUUGUACAUAAGUUGAGUUAUUCGUACUGUUAAUUCAAGUGUAUUAUGUCAUGUAUGUGACUAAAAUUGCUGUACUAUUAAAUAUGUAACAGUAGUUUUUCAUAGUCAAAUUCUUAAAAAUAAAAUCCUAUAGAAACAAUGUCCCACAAAGAAGUAUUUGAUUGGCGUAAUGAAAUAAUUGUAAAACAUAUAUGCAGGCUUCAUAACCUCUGACCCCUUUCAAAAUUCCAUUUUGCUUAGUUCCGCCUAUUGUUUUCUCGUUUAGGGCACACGCUUGCUUUGCUUGGGGACCAUACGCCGCUAUUUGUGGAUGGCACCUACGUGUCACAUAGAAGGCUCCAUUAUUACCGCCGUAUGAACACAUCUGCAGAUGCUACUAAAUUCAAAAUCUCACCAUUUUCAUUCUUAAAUGUUGAGUUAUGCUUAAGCUGGGGCUAGGGGUCGUGGACGGUAGUUUGCAUUUGACAGUACAGUCCAUGAGGCUCACUCAUUCGAGUCUGCAACAUUUUCAAUUUUACCGUUUUGGAAUAUCAUUAGGGCUUCUUAUUUUCUCUAUUUUGUGAAAA